GGAAGAUCGGGUCGGGUUCUGUCCGGCUCCUUACUCGCAACACCAAGCACUAUCCGUUCUAUCCCCCGUUUGCCUGAAUCCUCCCCCGCUUCGUCGGCUUCAGGUACGAUUGGCUCCCGCCAUCGGCAUUCAACCUCGCUGAGUGCACCACCAAACGACGGGGCAUCAUCUCAUACCAGCGGUUGCCGGCAUACAUUCGUGACGGCUGUAGAAACUUUGCAGCCGUUUCUAAGUUCGGAUUUCGUAUCACUUCUUGUCCCUAACUGAGCUACUUCCACCAAAAUGAUUGAAUUUGUAGACAUCAACGGUGCUCGUCUCGCGUAUCGCAUCGCCGGGCCCGAGCAUGCUCCCCUGAUGAUUACACUCCAUGGCGGCCGAGGAAUGGGUGACCAUAGGUCUGAUUUCAAAAUCUAUAGCCAGCUCAGCGACAAGAUCCGGGUUCUCUCAUUUGAUUAUCGGGGACAUGGCCAGAGCUCCUUGACCAAGCCCUACACCUUUGAGCAAAUUGUUGAUGAUAUUGAGGGAGUGAGACAACGUUUCGCUGGAGAUAACCAGGUCAUCAUUUGCGGUGGCAGCUUCGGGGGUUUUCUAGCACAACAUUACGCCAUCAAGUAUACUCCGCGAGUUUCGCAUUUGAUCCUCAGAGGAACAGCACCGUCCCAUCACCAUGAGGCUGGCGCCAUCAAAACACUGGAGGAAAGGAUUCAUAAAGUCCCCAGCUUCUCUGUCGACAUGCUGAAGAACAAGGUCUUUGGGGCCUAUGAGAGCGAUCUAGAAUUCCAACUAAUAUACUUCGCAAUGAUGCCGCUUUACAAAGAGUCGUUCGAUCCCGAUGAGGCAUUGAGGAGCAAUCUUGAUGGAGUUUAUGUUGCUGAAUCGCACAAUGAUCUAUAUUCCGAGAAAGAAAAGUAUUUUGAUUACACGGAUCAGUUGCCAGAGAUCACGGCUAAGACAUUAGUCAUUGUCGGUGACAAGGACUGGAUUUGCCCUCCCGAAAACUCAAAGUUGAUUGCUGAAAGAAUUCCGGGGGCCGAGCUAUUCCGAGUUGAAGGCGCUAACCAUGGCGUUCAUGCUGAGAAACCAGAGCUGGUUCUUGGCAGGAUUCGAGAGCACCUGAACAUUUGACUUGCAUUUCCAAUUUGUAAUAAUGGAACAAAGGCUGGGGGACAAAAUGGCAGAAGAAGACUCAAACUUCCAUAGUUCGAUUGGCAUUGACUAUUAAAACAGCAUUUGUUAAAGUAAUGCGCAAAGCGUUCUGUCUCUUGUAACCUUUAGAGGUACUAUGCACAUGGAAGUAUGGUAACAGGACGAUACCCACGUGGACUAACC